CUUUUGUACUCCUAAGUGGUCAUGUAGGUUUUAUCUUUUCGAUAAAAAUCACAGCCUAGUAACCAAAUUUCGAGAUUGAUUUAUCAUUGUCGAUUUCGCUGGCGAGAUACCAGGGAUCGAUCAUGAAAGUUCUUAUUGUUGUUUGUGCAAUUUUUGCCGCUGUGGCAGCGGAUGAGACGUGCUUAAAAGAUAUUGAAAGGGCCUGCAAUCCACCAUCUGGAAAAGCCCCUAUAGUAAUCCAAAAAUGCGAUGCCAUCUAUGGAGGCAUCAGAGCGUUGGAAGUGGACCUGCAGAAAUACGUCAACGACCACAUCUCGACCUCCUUUGCGUACCUCUUGAUGUCAACUCACUACGCGAGCUACCAGAAAAGCCGCGCGGGUUUCGAAAAACUCUUCCGCACUUUAUCGGACUCCAAGUGGAACACCGCGUUGGACCUGAUAAAGUACAUCAACCACCGCGGAGGCAAGAUGGAGUUUCUGGCGGACGAAUCGCAGAUUCCCAAGAGCGGCGUGUACGAGUUGCACGAGGUGAAAGCCGUGGCUAAAGCCUUGGACAUCGAGAAGAGUUUGGCCACCGAGGCCCAGCGCAUCCACGAGAAGGCCAUCCGGCACAAGCAGCAGCACCACGACCCGGAGAUUUCCUCGUACAUAGAGGAGAAAUUCGUGCACAAGCAAGCUGACACCAUUCGCACUUUGUCUGGGUACAUGGCUGAUUUGGAGAAGUUUGCCGCAGAUAAAAUCGACAACUCCUUGUCUUUGCAUUUGUUCGAUGAAUUUCUUCAGGGAAAUUAAACUGUAUUGAAUUUUGUAUCUUAGUUCAAUAAAUUAUUUUGCUAAUAAAUACCUACUUA